AUGCGCGCCACGAGUAGACUCCUCCAUUCAUGCCGGAUUACCUUGUUCACCCGUCCCACUUGUGGGCUCUGCACUCGAGCAAGAUCGGUUCUAUCCGAUGUGUGGGAUCGACGGCCUUUUGAUUUCCAAGAGAUUGACAUUGUCAAACCGGAAUCCAAAAAUUGGCGGGAUCUAUAUGAUUUUGACGUUCCAGUAAUACACAUCAGCAAAGCCAGCUCACCCGAGGAAGACCCAAGGCUGGCCUCGAAAGCUGUCAAGUUGAUGCACCGCUUCACGGCCGAGGAAGUCAUGGCCAAGAUGGACUCCGUCGAGAAAUCAUGA